AUGAGUGGACUUAACGUUGAGGUUCUUCGCAAAGCGUUCGAUGGCUUCGACCACAACCGCUCGGGCAGUAUCCCAUGUGACUUCGUAGCUGACAUCCUUCGAAUGAUGGGACAGCCCUUCAACAAGAAGAUCCUUGAGGAACUCAUCGAAGAAGUAGACGCUGACAAGUCUGGUCGUCUUGAGUUCCCUGAAUUCGUAACACUGGCAGCCAAAUUCAUCGUAGAAGAAGACGCUGAAGCUAUGCAAAAGGAACUCAGGGAAGCAUUCAGAUUAUACGACAAAGAAGGCAAUGGUUACAUUCCUACAUCAAGCCUGCGUGAGAUCCUGCGAGAGUUGGAUGAACAACUCACAGAUGAUGAAUUGGACGGUCUCAUCCAAGAAAUUGACACUGACGGCAGCGGCACCGUGGACUUCGAUGAGUUCAUGGAGAUGAUGACUGGAGAAUAA